CCUUAUAGGCCCCACUGGCUGGACGACCUCUCUGUGUUUUUCUCUCUGGCGCUGCGCUGCUGCUAUUGUUGUGUGGUUGCUCGAUCUUAAUACUGUAUCAUUGUUAGUGUUAAGAUAUUAUUUAGGAGAUAUUGUAUAUAUCUUUAGAUUUCCUAAAUUGUGUUAAUAUCUUUUAUUUCCUAUACUUAUCUUUUAGGAUUAGGAAUAUGAUGUACUAUAUAUAUAUACGUUUUGAGGUGAAUGAGAAGGAAAGGUUGUUGAGUUUAUUUUAUCAGUUAGGGUUUCGGUUUUUAAGAUUUUACACGUACAAGGAUCGGAGUUUGGUGGAGGGUGUAGUACUCUAUCGUAGUGUGACCGCAGCUUGCUGUUUGGGAUGUCUACUUGUGUACCUAACCUCGGGCAAAAGGUACAAAAUGAAGAUAAGGACCGGCUUAGCAGCUUACCAGAUGAUAUACUAGUCUCCAUCCUACAACUAAUUGAUAUAAACGAUGCAACAAGAACUAGCGUCCUUUCAAGACGUUGGAGGUAUUUGGCUCCGUAUUCUUAUUUUACUGUUGUGGACUUGGAUGCUAGAAAGACAUCGCUGGUUGAUUGCGAGACUGGCUAUAUAUCUUAUAAUGAUGUAAAACCCAAAUUUCUGAAUUGGGUUCAUCACUUAGUAACUUCACACCGUGGGCCAUUCAUUAAUGACUUUAGAGUUUGUUUCCCAUUAAGUCAGGAAGAUUCAAACUGUUUAUGUAACUGGAUCAAACUUGCUUUUUCUAAAGGAGUGAAGAAGUUAGAGCUAAAUUUUUCUAUGUCAGACUUUUUCGAUUUUCAUGAAUAUCCUUAUUUUUCUCAAUGCUCCUUUCCAUCCACUUUUUUCAAGGGUUUGUGUUUCAAGAAUGGGUCUAGCAAUCUAACAUCUCUAUGUCUGAGGUUUGUUAACAUAAGUGGAGAGUUACUAGAGUUGCUUUUAUCUCAUUUCCGCCUCUUGGAAUGGCUAUACAUUGAAGGCUCUGAUGAUCUACAGAAUCUUAAGAUCAUAAACUCAUCUGAAAAGUUGAAACACUUGGCUAUACACCGGUGCCAGUUUGUAAAGGAAAUUGAGAUACAUGCUGUCAAUCUUUUGUCGUUUGAAUUCUCACACUUCCACGAAUCCCUCAAUUUCUCUGGGUUUCCUGCCCCUAGCGUGAAUGUGAUAUAUGCUAGUGUUCCAUCACUCGUUGAUGCACGGUUUUGUUGGUGGCGUUGCCCUAGUUUGCUUCCAUAUUUGUGGCAGAUGCAUUGCUUUGCUGCACAGUUGACUAAACUUUCUCUUCAGAUAAUUGAUAGUACUUACCAAGACCCGCACCUACUACCUUCCUUCCCUAACGUGAAGAACUUGGAGUUACAAGUAACCAUUGGUCACCAUAGCUUUGAUUGGAGGCAUAUGAACCUUCUUCGGCUGAGACGCUAUGCAGAGGCUUGUCCAGUCUUGGAUAAUGUUAAGCUGCAGAUAAAAUGGCGUUGUGAUUGUCCCGGUGAGAAAGAGAUGCAACUAUCUGAUUGUGAGUUGGAUGUUGAUUUUGAUUCCGAAUAUGGUUCUGAUUUCGAUUUGGAUUCUGAUUCUGGUCCUGAAGAAUACGAUUUAGAAGAUGUUAAGCAGUGGUUGGAGGAAAAGGAGGGAGUUAAUGCAACCUUACCUUUCUUGCGGAAACUUGAAUGGACUGCAGCAUUUAGUCAUCACUUUGAAGCCGAAUCUGAACUCGCCUUAUACUUUGUCAAAAAUGCAGUCAUGCUUGAGAAAUUCAUUUGUAAUCCACGGUUUAAGGAUGAGAAUUGGAAUCAGAAAUAUGAGCAUGUUCUCGAAGAAGAUGCUCGUAGACAACGUGCUAGGAAAUUAGCUCUGGCUAUACCAUCUUGUAUUGACUUUACAAUUUUGUGAAUUCAUCUACUUCUUUAGUAACAUAAUAACAUCCUGUCAAAAAAAUAACAUUAUAAAUGCAACAGUUUGAAUUUAAACAUUAUUCACAAUUUUUACUUUAAAGGUAAAGUUUGAAAUAUAAUCAUUUAGGGUCUGGUUGAAUUCGACUUAACUUGUAAUUUUUAUGAUUUAGUUUUUACAUUUUUUA